AUGUCCGCUGAGGAGGCCCAGAACGCCGCGGCGAUGGCCGAGGAGGAGAUCCCGACGCUUGAGGCGGCUGAGGUGCCACAGAACGCGAAGCAGUCGAAGCGCUACGCCAAGGCCAUGGCCAAGAUGGGCCUCAAGCCGGAGCCCAACAUCAUGAAGGUCACUAUUCGCAAGACGGGCUCCCUGUCCUUCGCCAUGGUGCAGCCGGAGGUGUACCGCUUCCCUGGCACCAACACCUUCGUCAUCUUCGGCGAGGCACAGCUGGAGGACACGAGCGCGCUGGCGCAGGAGGCUGCUGCCCGCGCUGCCGUGUCUGGUGCCGCGUCGGUCUCCUCCGACGCCGCUGCAUCUGCGCCGGCGGCAGAGGAUGACGACGACGAAGACGUCGGCGCCGGCGACCUGGAUGAGAAGGAAAUCAACGUGGUGAUGAGCCAGGCGAACGUGUCUCGCAGCAAGGCCAUCAAGGCGCUCAAGAACAACAACGGCGACAUCGUCAACACCAUCAUGGAGCUGACCAUGUAG